GUCUCAUCGGAAGUGACCUGCCCAGCGGGUCCUUCCCACUCUGCCCUUAUCUGAAGCAGCCCCCCUUCCGGGAGUGUUUCACCUGCCCUGGGGUUAACCUUGCAGGGCUUAACAAUAUCUGGGGUCAUUUCCCUUAUUAGUUAACUUGUUCAGGGUCUGUCUUCGUCCACGACCAUAGAAGUUUCACAAGAGCAGAAACCUUGCCUGCCUUGAUUGCAGCAUUGUGUGGUGUAGUGUCGGGCCUGGCAUUCGUUUGUUCAUUCAUUGGCUCAGUAAGUAUCUGUUGAGCGCUAGCUCUGUGCCACGAACAAUUCUCAGCUCUGAGGAUACGAAGAAAAGCCAAAAGUCCCUGCCCUCGUGGGAUUCGCAUGUGGAGCUGCAGGGAGACCAGUGAGGAGGCUGUUGUGAUCAUCCAGGCCAGAGGUUCACCCUCCUGCAGACAUGGGGCGCAGAAAGUCAAAACGAAAGCCACCCCCCAAGAAGAAGAUGACAGGCACUCUAGAGACCCAGUUCACCUGCCCCUUCUGCAACCACGAGAAAUCUUGUGACGUGAAAAUGGACCGUGCCCGUAACACCGGAGUCAUCUCCUGUACCGUGUGCCUAGAGGAAUUCCAGACACCCAUCACGUAUCUAUCAGAACCGGUGGACGUGUAUAGUGAUUGGAUAGACGCCUGUGAGGCCGCCAAUCAGUAGCAAAACAGAGGACCCACCCCCUUUGCAGACUCCCUGCCGAGGACCAGCCCGCUGGGUACCAAUCCAGAGACAUUCCUGAGGUCCAGGGUGUGGGUCCAGGGCCUUCGCAGCCCCUGCCUGUGUAUGGAGUGGAUGUGGAUGUGAAUGUGUGACUGCAAGUGUGGCCAUGGGGGUGUGCUCAUGGGCAGGGGGCUCCGGGGGUUUGAACUGCCUCCCUUGGCUCCAAAAGCCUUUCACUUGCUCCCUCCUUCGGCCCCUGACCCCCUGGCUCUGGAGCCCUGGCUUCUCCGGGGGCCAAUGUCCUGACAUCCUGGGUGAGGACAAGCCCAGCAGAGACAGCCUCAGGACUCUCCGCCUCCUCGCCCACCUCCCCAGCACCUUGCCCGUGUGAACUGGACUGCACGCCUCCUCUGCCUUCCAAGGACUGUGGCCUGGGAUUCAGCACCACUGGCCCCUGGCUGGGCCCUGGCAGGGGGGCCCCGGUUCAUGUGUAGUUGCUUUUAUAGGGGAGGGAGGGGCUGGGUUGGGGACUGUUAGUCACCAGUCCUUAAAUAAAGCAGCCGACGCAGA